AUGCGUAAAUACGUGGCCCUACUCCCUUUAUCCCGGCAGUUCCUCCAAAAUAAACUGAAAAGUGAGGUUAACGCAGUGAAUUCAGUGCUACAAAGGUACUCAACAAGUGCAGAAUCCCUUCAAAACGGUGAAAACUUGAGUAAAACAGUGCCACAUGUAGUGAUUCAAUCGCAGGAUCCACAAGAACUGGGUGUUACCCUUCUAAAGGACCUGGUGAAGGACAUAAAGACGCCGGGAGCACUUGAGGAAUGUGAGGAAGACCUGUCGGACCUGGGGCCAUAUCAUCGGCCAGCAUUUAACUUCGCAGCUUAUGCCAACAAAUCAGAGACGAUCCAGCAAUUGGUGAAGUUGGGAGUCGAGCUGUGGAAGAUCGAGUCCCAUCCAAAGGCGAUGGAGGUCAUUUUGUCCAGGAAGUUUGAGGAGAUGAAGCCGUACAUUCAGUUUUUGCAUGACUGUGGGGUACCAGCUGAGCAGAUUGCCUCCUUCAUCACGAAGAAUCCCUUUAUUUUCAAGGAGGAUAUGGACGACUUGAGGACGAGGAUCAGAUACUUGAGGGCUCACAAUUUUGAUCACAAGGAUAUUGCGAGGAUUGUCUCGGAGGCACCUCGGUGGUUGUCCUGGAGGACUGACGAGAUUGAUAACAAAUUAGGAUAUUUUCAGAGAGAAUUUCACCUUCGUGGAGAUGAGGUCAGAGCUCUAGUCCUCAAAAGACCUCAAUUAAUUACUUUCCACCUCAAAAACGUCCGAGACAACACAUUUGCGAUCAAAGAGGAGAUGGGUUUCGACGAAGAUCAGGCGAAAGAAAUUCUUCUGAAUAAGCCAAACAUUUGGGAAACACCUCGGUCUUAUCUCAUAAUCUCGUUUAAUUAUGUCCACGAAAUAAUGGGAAUUCCUCACGAAAUUAUCGCGAAACAACCGAGUGUCAUAGGAACAGGAAUCGAAAGAUUGAAACAGAGACAUUUAUUCCUGGUGGCCUUGAAACGAGCCCAGUACGACCCCAAAAAGCCCCUCUACGUGCCACUGGACUCCUUGGCGAUGAGUUCAGACGUUGAUUUUUGCACGACGAGGGCUAAGUCCUCGAUAGAACUGUACGAUAUGUUCCUAAAGACUCUGUAGAAUUAAUUAAAGCUUUAAUAACCUGAUAAAAA